UGGCAGCUUUCAGAUCAGCAACCCAACCUUCAAGUCACUUAGUCCACUUUGCCAUCUGGGGGCUCCGAGAUGGAGGUGGGACUGAGAGAAGGGCCUCUCCUGAAGGGGAUCUCAAGGAACAUGAAAGACACUGCAGACUGAUUCAACCAGAGAAGUCAGCCAUAGCAGAGCACUUGAUGAACCUGGACACAGCAUAUUAUUAACUACAGAAAUGCUGGACCACUCUCGCAACCACCAUGACAGAGAGCAAACUAGUGAAAUCCACAAGAAGCAUGUUGACAGUUUCAACAGAAAGGAGGAAACUAUGAAAAUGAACAAAACUUGGCUGCCAGUAUUAAAAAUCUCUAAAAUCAGGACAGUAAAUAAAGAGGAACACUCUGAAAACGGGUAUUCCAGACAGGAAACAAUCAGGGUUAGAUUAAAAAAAACCCCAACAAACGAUUCCCCCAGGCAGGAAGCAGCCAGGUUUUGAAUCUGCAAUGCUAUUCAAUGCUAAUCAUGGUGGCCAAUUGCAACAUUCACACUUGCCUCCAACAGACAAGAGUUCUUUCUCCCACCCUGGACAUCAUUCCACAGAUAUAUAAACCCCACUUGCUUAGUUUCCAACAGACUUCACAACCUCUGAGGAUGCCUGAGUUCUUUCUCCCAUCCUGGACUUACACAGAUAUAUAAACCUUACUUGUCCUAGUUUCCAACAGACCUCAAACCUCUGAGGAUGACUGCCACAGAUGUGGGCGAAAUAUCAGGAGAGAAUGCUUCUGGAACAUGGCCAGACAGCCAGGAAAACUCACAGUAACCCAGUGCUUCUGACCAUGAAAGCCUUCGACAACACAGACUAAAAAUCUACUUUUGUGUGUUAGCCUUUGGAGAGGAAGAUAUUUAUUUACCACAUUUAUAUCUGCCUUCCUCAACCCCUGUGGGGACUCAAGGCGGUUUACAAACAGCACUACAUAGUGCCUGCAACAUAAAACAUAAAAAGGUUACAUUAAGAUUAAAAUAAGCAUACAUAAAAACGCAUUUAAAUACAAUCCAAUGUUAAGACACAGCAUCCAAAGACAAGUUUUAAGGCCGAUCCAGAGUCAAUUGCACGAUUUCAAGUAAACAUUGCACUACUACUUCUUGAAGGCUUGCUCCCAAAGCCAGGUUGGGGGGGGGGGGGGGGCUGACCUGGCAUCACUUGGGAGGGAGUUCCACAACUGAGGGGCCAGCAUUGCGAAGGCCCUGCCUCUCGUCCCCACCAACCGUGCUUGCAAAAGUGGUGGGACUGAGAGCAGGGCCUCCCCAGAUGAUCUCAGACUCCAAGGUGGUUCGUAGGGGGAGAUACAUUUGGACAGGUAGAUACAUAGUUUACCAUCAAUUCUCCCUCGUCUAAUGAUGUUUGACAACAACUACCCUAACUUAUUGAAGAGUUAAGGAGCCCUCGGUAGUGCAGCGUGUUAAAACAUUGAGCUGCUGAACUUGCAGACCGAAAGGUCGCAAGUUCGAAUCUAACGUCCCCACCAGCAGCUCUUGAGACAGAGGUGGGACUGAGAGGAGUGCCCCCUCCGCAAUUGCCCUGUCUGAGCAGAUUUGUAGGUGAGGAUGUGGUUUGUCAAAUAGUCUGGGCCUGAACCAUUUAGGGCUUUAUAGGUAAAGGGCUUUAUAGGAACCCCCAAUGGCGCAGUGGGUGAAACCACUGAGCUGCUGAACUUGCUGACCGAAAGGUUACCGGUUCAAAUUCGGGGAGCAGGGUGAGCUCCCGCUGCCAGCUCGUUUCUGCCAACCUAACAGUUCGAAAACACGUAAAUGUGAGUAGAUCAAUAGGUACCACUCCGGUGGGAAAGUAACGGCGCUCUAUGCAGUCAUACCAGUGGCCACAUGACCUUGGAGGUGUCUACGGACAACGCCGGCUCUUUGGCUUAGAAAUGGAGAUGAGCACCAACCCCCAGAGUCGGACACGACUGGACAUUAUGUCAGGGGAAAACCUUUACCUUAACCUAUUGAAGAGCUAUAUUUUUAUACAGAUUUUUAACUGCUCAUUAUGAUGCCUGAUUGAUUUCUAUGUUUUAGCCAAGGUGCCUAAUUGGGUUGUUUUAAUGGUCUGUUUCAAUGUUUCGUUCUGUGAUGGCACAUGGCAUUGAAUGUUUGGCAUGUUUCGCCUUUGGAAGCUGCCCAAAGGCCAAUCCUCCCCAGGGGGUGCUUGCCAGCCUGCCCUUCCUUCCUUCCUUCCUUCCUUCCUUCCUUCCUUCCUUCCUUCCUUCCUUCCUUCCUUCCUUCCUUCCUUCCUUCCUUCCUUCCUUCCUUCCUUCCUUCCCUUUCUGCAAGGGGCAUUUCCAGGGUGAUGGACCAAAGGGGAAGGAGCUGCUUGUCCAUUUAGGACCCAAAAUGGGCAAGCCAGGCUUGCCAGGGGACCCCUCCCUCCCAUCCAGAAGGGCAGGAAGGGCCAAAGGUUUGGGUCCAAGAGGAGGGAGGGGAAAGAGGGCGUGUCUAGGGGAGAGAGGCCCCGCCCAUAGCAGCAGGUCCCCCCACCUGGGAGGAGAGGUGCAAAGAACUGGUCUUUCCCAUCUCUUCCCUCUCAGGACCACGAGGUGAGACCUCCUUUCACCCAUCUUCAGUGUUUAGAGAAGCCUCAGAUCUGGAGGUAAGAUCAGGUGAGAAGACCCCUCUCUUGGUCACUCAUCUUGGAGGGAGGGGAGGGGAGGCUGCCUCUGGGGAGAAGGGAAGAGGGAGAGGAAGGAAAAGCUAACAUGGGGCAGGGCUGCAAACUACAACUCCCAGGAAGCUCUGGACACCAGGAGGACCAGGGGUCUGGGGAUGGGCUCUGCAGUUGGCCCUCCAAGUUUCCCUUCCUCCCUCCCUCGCUAAGGAUUCACCUAAUGCAGAGCCAAAGACCUCCACCCCAAAUCUGCCCAGGAAACUUUGUAAGAUUAUAACUCCCAGGAUUCCAUAGCCUUGAGCCACAGCAGUUCAAGGUGAUGCAUAGACGGGUAGAUGCAGGGAACGCCGUAGAUGUAGUGUAUUUGGACUAAAGUAAGGCCUUUGACAAAGUCCCCAUGACCUUCUAACAAACUAGUCAGAUGUGGGCUAGGCAAAACUACGGUUAGGUGGAUCUGUAAUUGGUUAAGCGGAUGAACCCAAAGGGUGCUCACAAAUGCUUCCUCUUCAUCCUGGAAAGAAGUGACGAGUGGAGUGCCAUCAGCAGGGUUCCAUCCUGUUCAAUAUCUUUAUUAAUUAAUUAGAUGAAGGGUUAGGAGGCAUGAUCAUGCAUGAUCAACGCAAUGAAGUUCAACAGGGACAAAUGCAAGAUACUCCACUUAGGUAGAAAAAAUGAAAUGCAGAGAUAUAGAAUGGGGGACAAAGCCUGGCUCAACAGCAGGACGUGUAAAAAAUAUCUUGGAAUCUUUGCAGGGAGGAAGGGGAACAUGAGCCAACAAUGUCAUGUGACGGCUAAAAAAGCCAAUAGGAUUUUGGCCUGCAUAAACAGGAGUCUAGUGCCUAGAUCCAGGGAAGUCAUGCUCCCCCUCUAUUCUGCCUUGGUCAGACCACACCUGGAAUCACACUGUGUCCAGUUCUGGGCACCACAGUUGAAGGGAGAUGUUGACAAGCUGGAAUGUGUCCAGAGGAGGGAGACUAAUAUGAUCCAAGGGUCUGGAGAACAAGCCCUAUGAGGAGAGGCGUAAAGAACUGGGCAUGUUUAGCCUGCAAAGAGAAGGCUGAGAGGAGACAUGAUAGCCAUGUAUAAUUACGUGAGGGGAAGUCAUAGGGACGAGGGAGCAAGCUUGUCUUCUGCUGCCCUGGAGACUAGGACACAGAACAAUGGCUUCAAACUACAGGAAAGGAGAUUCCACCUGAACAUCAGGAAGAACUUCCUCACUGUAAGAGAGAGCUGUUCAGCAGUGGAACUCUCAGCCCUGAAGUAUGGUGGAGGCUCCUUCUUUGAAGGUUUUAAAGCAGACUUGGGCAGAGGCUGGAUGGCCAUCUGUCGGGGGUGCUUUGAAUGUGCUUUUCCUGCUUCUUGGCAGAAUGGUGUUGGACUGGAUGGCCCAUGAGGUCUCUUCCGACUCAUCUCUCUAAUCUGUGAAGACUGUUUUGAAUUCUGCUCCUGUCUUCUGGAGUAUAGGCUCUCUCUCUCUCAAUUUGGUGUCAUCUGCAAACUUGAUGAUCAUGCCUUCUGACUCUUCAUCUAAGUCAUUAAUAAAGAUAUUGAACAGGAUGAAACCCUGCUGAUGGCACUCCACUCUUGACCUCUUUCCAGGAUGAAGAAGUGGUAUCAAAGUAUGUUCAUUCUACAGUGAAGAUGUCCUUAAGUUGGAAUUAAAGGGGGAAGCUUAAUAUAAGAUAGUUAUAUAAUUGUCCCUUUCAUUCCUCUCCUCCCUCCCCUUCCUCCUCGUCCUCCCCCUCAGCCUGACCUCCAUGCAGGGGAAGAAGGGGCUCUGAGGCUCCAAAGGGAAGGAGAGAGAGGCCGGUGCUACAAGAACACAAGGCAGGGAAGGUAGGAAGAUGGGGGGCAGGCAGGGCAAAGGAAGGAAUCACACCCAGACCCCCAAAGCCUAACUUGGAGACCAGGCAAGGGCUGGAAAGAAAGGAGACAAUGAAGGAAAGAGGGGUUGAAGAAGGUGGAAAAAUUUUGGGAAAAGCUUAUAUGGGAAAUGUGGUGCUUUUUUGAUGUCUUUUUAAAAAAGAUUUGGUAAACAAUAUUGCCAAUUUGGAAGCUGCUCUGAGUCCCCUUCGGUGUGUGAGAGAGUGAUGUAAAAGUAUAGUAAAUAAAUACUUACUUUACUUAGGCGAUCCCUCAUUGUCUGAGUAUGAUGGUCCUCCAAGUGUAGUGUCUUGGUGGUGGGUACGUAGGUGACUGUGGAGCCCUGUUGUUGACCUGCAUGUUCUUCCACAGUGAGGACAUCAGAUUCCAGAUGGAAGGUGUUCCAGUCAGGGUUGGCUUGACGCGCCCUUCCUUUUGGCACGUUUCUCCCUUUUGCCCUCCAUUGGUGCCUCUUCCAAUAAAUCAAUACUGAAAGCAUAGUACGUUCUCCUAUGAGACAUCUGCAUCAUAGAAUGAGUGCACUUUGGGACACUUGAAUGGCAUGAUCUCCAUGGUCUGCCAUCCUGGGAAGGGAGUUUGGUGAGGCACCAGCACUCUUGGGCAGAGAAGGCUAAGGAUUUGUCACACUACAACUCCCAGGAUUCCUCUCAGUUUCAGAACUGUAUAUAUAGGAAAGGGAAGAAUAAUGUGGGUGGAUUCCCAUAGUGUCACUUCAUGAAGUUUGCUCUAAACUGCCAGGGCUCUGCUUUUCUUACAUGGAUUUUCUUAAAUGGAUUGUAAAGACCCAUUAUCUCUUGAUGGUAGUAGAUCAUGGAAGGAAUUUGUUGAUACAUGCAUGUAGUAGAUACAUGCAUGGAAGGAAUUUGUUUCUUAAGAAUGCUGGAUGGACAUCUAGAAAGAAAAUUUGAAAGAUGACUAAAAUUGCAGCAAGAAUCCUAUAUCCUCAGAGAUGGAAGGAAGAAGUUCUCCCAACUCAAGUUGACUGACUGAUAAAGAUCUGCAAACUAGCAGAUAUUAAGAAACUGAUGCUGCUGAUUAAGGAGAAAAAAAUGGUCACUUUCAAGAAAUAUUGGAUCUUUAAAAUCACUCUUUCAUGACAACAAUAGGGGCAUAUGUCAAGUGUAAGAUCUGUAAGUUAGAACCAUGGUACUGAAGGCAGAAGUGUGCUUAUAUCAGUUUGUCUUAACAAAAACCAAGGAAUAAAGGAUAGUGUGAGUUUUGUAGAAUUAGACCCAUGUCUGUCUGGUUUUUGUUUCCUGGUGUAGAAGAAGACAAUUAUGAUGGGGAAAAUGGAAGGAAAAAAGAAGGGCUGACCAAGGGCUAGAUGGAUGGAUGGCAUCCUUGACGUGACUGGCUUGACCUUGAAGGAGCUGGGGGUGGUGACAGCGGACAGGGAGCUCUGGCGUCGACUGGUCCAUGAAGUCACGAAGAGGCGGAAGCAACUGAACGAAUAAACAACAACAAUAUGUCAAAAUGUUUUAUGAUUAUGUUGAUGGUUUCAAGUUCUUAAUGGUUUAAUUUAUAGUUAUAUGCUCUGUUUUAGAUGUGUGAUAUACUGUUUUAUUGUAUGUGAAGCAUUGAAUCUUUGCCAUUUAUUUGAUAUGAACGCUUUGAGUCCUCCCAGGGGUGGGAAAAGUGUAAUAUGUAAUAAAUAAAUAAUAGAUAAUUAACCUGGCCUUCAUCUCCCCUUCGUCUUGUGUAGACUUUGCUUCAUGACAUAAUCAGAUGGAGAUGGGAAGAGGUUCUUCAGCCCUGAUGGAGCCCAGAGUGAAGAUGGAGGGGCCAAACCAGACCAGCCCUGAAGGAGGAAGAGAGCCUUGCAAAAUGUGGGGCAGGAGAUGUUUUGGGUUCCCAGACAGAAUGGGUCAGGAUUUCCUGAAUGAGAAGGAGUUUAGCAUAGACCUUCAGCUCCCACGCUUCCAGUGCUUCCGCUUCCAGGAGGCCUUGGGUCCCCGAGAGGUGUGCAGCCGCCUCCACUCUCUCUGCCGCCUGUGGCUGAAGCCUGAGGAACAUACAAAGGCGGAGAUGCUGGACCUGGUGCUCCUGGAGCAGUUCCUGGCCGUCCUUCCUGCAGAGAUGGAGCACUGGGUGAGGGAAUGUGGGGCAGAGACCAGUUCCCAGGCCGUGGCUUUGGCGGAAGGAUUCCUCCUGAGUCGGGCAGAAGAGGAGAAGGUCCUUCAGGCCCAGGAGGCCCCACCAGGCACCAGCCAGGGCUUCCCUUCCAGGUGGAUCAAGCUGGAGGAGGAGGACACAAGAGCUGCUCCACCAGGACAGGAGCCAAGGAUGCUGAGAUGCCAUAAUAGCUCAUCUCUUUGUGAAGCAGGAAAAAUGGCCUCCAUGGAACAGGAUCAGGUGAUGUUUGAGGAUGUGGCUAUACAUUUCAGUCUAGAGGAAUGGGCCUUACUGGAUCCAGACCAACGGGCCCUACACUGGGAGGUCAUGGAAGAAAAUUAUAGGAUGGUGGUUUCUCUGGGUGGUGAUGGACAAGGGAGUGAAAAUGGGGGAGCUCCAAAUAAAAUGUGGCUGAAAACAGGGAGAAGUAAAAAGGUAGAAGAAAGAAGCCUGAGAAUGGAAGCAGAAGGAUAUAACAGGAAGCAGUGCCCUGUCGACACCAGGGAAAUCACAAUUCAAGAGACAAUAGAGGAAAGGAGGGAGAUGGGAAACAGCCCUGUCUAUGAGAAUGGCUUCUUCCAGGAGGCAUCUAGUAGACACCCUGCACACAAUGAAAAAGACAAAAUUGUGGACAAGCCUUAUAAAUGCCUGGAGCGUGGAAAAUGCUAUACUGAAAAAAAUAGCCUAAGUAAACACCAAAACACCCACAGGGAAGAGAAGCCAUAUACAUGCUUGACAUGUGGGAAAAGCCUUGUUUCAAAGAACAGUCUCAUUAGGCAUGAAAUGACUCACAGAGGAGAGAAGCCCUAUAAAUGCCUGGAGUGUGGACAAAGUUAUUCUGAUAAGAGAAGCCUUAUUGGACAUGAAAUGAAUCACAGAGGAGAGAAACCCUAUAAAUGUCUGGAGUGCGGGAAGAGUUUCUCUUUGAGAAGUAGCCUAAAGCAGCACCAAAACUCCCACAUGGGAGAGAAGCCAUAUAAAUGCCAGGAGUGUGGGAAAGGCUUUGUUUCAAAGAACAAUCUCAUUAGGCAUGAAAUGACUCACAGAGGAGAGAAGCCCUAUAAAUGCCUGGAGUGUGGACAAGGUUAUUCUGAAAAGAGAAGCCUUAUUGGACAUGAAAUGAAACACAGAGGAGAGAAACCCCAUAAAUGCCUGGAGUGCCGGAAGAGUUUUUCUUUGAGAGAUAGCCUAAAGCUGCACCAAAACACCCACAGGGAAGAGAAGCCAUAUACAUGCUUGCCAUGUGGGAAAAGCUUUGUUUCAAAGAGCAGUCUCAUUAGGCAUGAAAUGACUCACAGAGGAGAGAAGCCUUAUAAAUGCCUGGAGUGUGGAAAAGGUUAUUCUGAAAAGAGAUGCCUUAUUGGACAUGAAAUGAAACACAGAGGAGAGAAACCCCAUAAAUGCCUGGAGUGCGGGAAGAGUUUUUAUUUGAGAGAUAACCUAAAGCUGCACCAAAACACUCACAGGGAAGAGAAGCCAUAUACAUGCUUGACAUGUGGGAAAAGCUCUGUUUCAAAGAAGAAUCUCAUUAGGCAUGAAAUGACUCACAGAGGAGAGAAGCCCUAUAAAUGCUUGGAGUGUGGACAAGGUUUUUCUGAUAAGAGAAACCUUAUUGGACAUGAAAUGAAACACAGAGGAGAGAAACCCCAUAAAUGCCUGGAGUGUGGGAAGAGUUUUACUUUGAGAGAUAGCCUAAAGGUGCACCAAAACACCCACAGGGAAGAGAAGCCAUAUACAUGCUUGACAUGUGGGAAAAGCUUUGUUUCAAAGAACAAUCUCAUUAGGCAUGAAAUUACUCACAGAGGAGAGAAGCCCUAUAAAUGCCUGGAGUGUGGAAAAGGUUAUUCUGAUAAGAGAAGCCUUAUUGGACAUGAAAUGAAUCACAGAGGAGAGAAACCCCAUAAAUGCCUGGAGUGCGGGAAGAGUUUUUCUUUGAGAGAUAGCCUAAAGCUGCACCAAAACACCCACAGGGAAGAGAAGCCAUAUAAAUGCCAGGAGUGUGGGAAAUGUUUCUUUCAAAAAGCACACCUCAAAAGCCACGAAAGAACUCACACACAUGAGAAGCCAUUCAAAUGCAUGGAGUGUGGAAGUUGUUUUUCUAAUAAGAGAAUUCUUCUUAGACAUGAAAUGAAACACAGAAGAGAGAAGCCCUAUGAAUGCCUGGAGUGUGGAAAAGGUUUUUAUGAAGAGAGAAGUCUUAUUAGACAUGGAAUGAAUCACAGAGGAGAGAAACCCUAUAAAUGUCUGGAGUGUGGGAAGGGUUUCUGUUGGAAAAAUGGCCUAAAGCUGCACCAUAACACCCACACGGGAGAGAAACGAUAUAAAUGUCAGGAGUGUGGGAAAUGUUUCUUUCAAAAAGCACACCUCAAAAGCCAUGAAAGAACUCACACACAUGAGAAGCCAUAUAAAUGCCUGGAGUGUGGAAAAGGUUUUUCUGCUAAGAGAAUUCUCAUUGGACAUGAAAUGAAUCACCGAGGAGAAAAACCCUACAAAUGUCUGGAGUGCGGGAAGAGUUACAGCCUUAAAUCCAUUCUUACAGCCCACCAGAACAGUCAUAAAGGAGAGAGUGGGAAGAGUAUGAGCUACAAAUCAAACCUCAGAAAUGCCCAGAAUAGUGCUAUAGAAGACAAAACCAAAGAGAGCAGUCUCAAGGCCCAAGAGUUUUAAAUGAAAAUCAAUCCUCAAAGAUUACCAGAAUGUUCAUAGAAAGAGAAAUAAUACAUAUUCCUGCAUUUUGGAAAGAGUUGAGUUCAACCACAAACUUUCACAACAUAGUAAAAAAAAAACCCAUACGGGAAAGAAGCCAUGGAAAUGUGGUCAUGCCUUCACUCAGAAGAAAAAUCCCCUUGAGCAUGAAAUGAAUCUCAGAAGAGAGAAGCCUCUAAAUGCUCAGAGGGUGGGAAAAGUUGUGUCCUCAAAUCAGGUCUCAAAACUCCAGGAGAGAACCUCACUAGGCACCGGAAUAGUCACACAAUGAAGGAUAUUCACAGGGACAGAAAACCGCUCUAGCCUUUGCUUUCUUCUUGUCUAGACUGACCGUUGAUGGAAGUCAUCUUGGGCCUUUUCUUGGCACACUUUAAGGGAGAACCUGGCAGGUUCAGCCCAGUCCUGGCUUUGUGGCAUUGUCACUGCUCCACUGGUUGAGAUGAUGAAAGUUCACUGAAUUGUGCUCCGUUUCUUCUAUUUUUUUGCAAAUGCUUAGAGAGAAAUAACAGCAUCUUAUGGCCUCAUAGUAUAAUGGUUUGAGCUUUGUACGGUCCCACUAGUGUGUCUGGAGCAAGUCACGUUCUCUCAGCCUUAGAGAAAGGGAAAGGUGAAGUCCCUCAGGACGCAAAUACUACCUGCUUGUCUUUCACUCCACUAGUUUCACGUGCCUUGAUAGGGCUGUUUAUGUUGGGAAAUUCUCCAAAAUAACAGAGUAUUUCAAAACACAAAAGGGCUACUUCACAGAGCAUUUUCAGCCCACAGCAAGCAGAAGGCAGCAAUCGUGUGGCUGUAAAGAAUUCUUCAGUUUAAGGAAGCGAGAUGCAGAGUUCAAUCUUACAGGUUUCGCAGACUCCAUGUGAGGACGUCCCCAGCCCUGAGGGGAUACGCAAACCACACUGAUAUAUUCCAACAAUUUUGUGUGGGGCGUCUCCAAUCUCCUGGCAGCCAUUUUGCAAAGGCGCUUCUUAAAUAUCUCAAAUGUUCCUUUUGGGGUUUGUUGGAAAUGACAGCCUCCAUUAAGCCUUUUCUAGAAAUCACUGUGUCUAUGAACUUGUUACUUACUGUUUCCUGUAUGAAUCUUUUCUAUGCAGCUUCCUUUACUCUAUGGUUUCUGAGAAGUUCUAAAAGGGGCUGCAGACCACAUGCUCUUUUUCUGCUCUUCCUCUCCUUUUGACUAUGUGACCUGUUGAUAGUUGUUUCGUUACAAGAGAAAUGCCCUGGCCGGCUGGCUCAGAGAACUAUCUCAAAGAUAUUUGAAACUGGACUAAUACUUUUUUGUACUUGUGUAUGCUGAGCAGAUGAAAGUUGUGAGUAAACCAAUAUGUUAUUUCC